AAGCCGUCCAACUACAGACAGGUGUAAAUCGGAUCAAAUGCGUUAGCAACUAUCUCGUCGAGGGAUUUCACCGUUCGGUCAACUGGACUUCUGAAUUUAAGUUUCUCUCGGUCGUCGUGCUCGUCUAGUCGUAUUUCGGAGAAGGGAAAGCAGCAUCAUCAACAUCAACGUAAAGGGGAGCAGUCGCAAAGUGCACAAAUCGACGAGCGACCAAUGCGCAACAUAUGGGAACUCGUUCUGUGCGUUUCAAUUCGAUAUCUUCAAAAUAAAAAUACUUAGGAGGAAGUUUUUUCUGUCGGAAAACCUGGAAUAACUUUCGCAACAAGAAACAGAAGAGCAAACUGAGAUCACAAUUUUGCUGUGCCGUCUUCGGGCGAGAAUCUGCAAUCGCUUAUUUGGCCGCUGGAAAUAGGAGGUCCACGAAAGGUUCUGAUGGAGCAGCCGGGUGCGGGGCACAACGAACCAGGUGUCGCUUGCGACAGCAGUGCUCAGCCGGCAGGAGCGAACACGAAUUAUUCGGUCCAAGACCAGCUGGAUCUGAUUGCCUUCCCGCAGUUGUUACAAGCCCAGCCGCUACUCCCAUUAGUACAAGAUGUGCACGCGCCGCCAGCGAGUAACCAGAGCAUUCCAUUCGUGAUGAAUUCACUGACCACGACGACGCCCCCGCGCCCCGGCUUGACGCCGGAAUCGUGGUUAGACUCGCCACUGCAAGAACACGGACCAGUACUGUCGCCGAGCCUAAUUCCCAUCGACGCUUCAACACCGUCGACUGGCGGAGGCUCGAAAAAAGACGCCGACGAGCGGGGCUUUUCUCCAUUCGAAACGCAGCCCGGCAUUCCCUCGCAGGAGAAAGAGCUGGAAAUCGGGACGAGCAGCGAAGACAUGACAACGCACUGUACAACGCCGAUGGUGGAUGGGCCGUCAAGCAGUGCGCAGCUGGCAGUCGGGGGCUCCGGGAAACUGGUUUCCGCAGAGCAGGUAUUCGUCGCCGAACAGGUUGAUUUGGUGAACCACGACAAUCUGGAGGGUUGCAACACCUGGUGUGACAGAACGCCCCCGGCGAGGAAACGGACCUUCACUGUACGAGUUGAGUUACUGGUGCUUUAGCAUGAUAGAUGAUCCAAGAAGUGUAGAACGUAGAAGGAAAUGCAGACGAUGUUUAGUAAAGCUAGAUAUGUCGAACUCGAAAUCAUAGAACGAAAGCAGUGCUUGGUCAACAUGGCAACCAUUCCUGCUCACGUGUGCGCGGUAAAGGAGGUCGUUCCCCGCCCUCCUUGCGCUUUUAUUUUCGCUGAAUCACGGCACUGCAGGUCCACUCCGGCCCGCGGAAAAUAAGCAUGCCACUCGUGACCGGAGAUCUAAUAGAGGAUGUCGGUGGGGCUGAGGAAAUGGUGCAGGAGAAAAUGCUCGAGAGCUUGUCGGCGCCCGAACCGGCUUGUAGCGAAGAUCGAAGUGUUGCACUGGCACCGGAAAUUGCGAAAAUGCUGGAUGAGCAACAAGUACAAACGAGUUUUGAUCUUGUGUCUUAGUUAUAUCAUGCCACACCACUGCAGUACCGGAAAUGGGAUCCGAGAGAGUAGUUUUGAAAGACGUAGUUGUACCGGAUAAAAUAUGAUUUUCAACUACUCAUUCAAAAACUGUAAAUACAGCACACCGCUACACACUUCACUACGGAGGACUUGUUUAGGGAGAUGACCCGCCGGAGCUUGGAUGGACGAGUGAUUUCGGCAGCCGUAAACUUCUUUGAGAAGUUGACGCGAGACUACAACGAUAAGCUUUGGGCGGAUAAGGUGGCCGCCCACAUGCUCAUCGCCGGUACAACAUUGUUCUAUCUUUGAUCUUCACUCCAAUGGAAAAAAACCCUUUCGUGUCAGAUGCAAGGAAGUAGACCAAGAAGACGCAUAUUACUAACUUUGAACUUGUAAUGCAAAAAACGAAAAUGAAACAGAUUUCAUUCCAAGUGCAGAAGCCGAAGGGAAUAUUAAAGUAACGGUGAAAAUGUUUUACAACAUGCUCAAUUGGAUCGAGUCCCACCCGGCUGCAGGGAUCGAUAAAAUUAUCACUGUGCUCAAGUCGCGCCGCAACUACAAAAACGCCGCAGCUGUGGCGGAGAAAGCGUGGACAUCAAUGGAUCCGACACGGCAAGCGCAAAUAGCGGCCAGGGUUGACACUGCAAAGGCGCUUCAGGUAAAUAAAUUCUACAUUUUUCUGUUGUCGUCUGGUUUUGGAACCAUUCAAUUCCGUAUCAAUGAUCUGCUUUUUUCUAUGUGUGUGCGUAUUACAAUUUUGUUUUGCGCGAGAGCUUGCAAUUCCACCCUUUCCGAGCCUACUUACACACGAUAAAACUGACGUUCCCAGAUUCUGUCGGCGAUGGACGGCGACGUGGGCGAGAUUUCCGCUGCCGUACGCCGGCUCGACUCGGGGCUCAAUGGACUGCACGAGCACCUGGCCGACGUACGCGACGAGAUUAACAAAAAAGUCGAGGUGGAAGCGCAAGGGCUGCACGAGCAUGUGCAAGCCGUCGGCCACGACUUACACCACGAGAUCCAAGAACAAGGGGAUAGUACCCAGCGGGGACUCCAGGCCGUGCAGGAUUCGGUGCAGCAGAUCGGCGGAGACGUCCAGACUACGCACCAGCUCCUGAACCAAGUUGGCGAUAGAUUGGAGGCGGUGCAGGGGAGUGUUCUUUCCGCGGUGGAGCGGGAAUCUUCGGCUCUCCGGAACCAAAUCUCGGAUGUUGACGACCGCGCGGAAAACAGGCACUUGCAGGGUCUGAGUGCGCUGAAUGAGACGAUCGCAUCGGGUCGUGCGUCGGUUGAAUCCUCGAUCGAAAGCAGCGCAAAGAAGACCAACAAGAAGCUGGAGCAAGUGACGGAGCAGUUGAGUUUGGUGCUCAGCCACAUCAACAGUGACACGCAGAACAGUACUACUGCGACUGCCCCAGCAUCGGCUGCUUGCGGCUCCGAACACGCUUCCUCCGCGAGAGGGACACCAAACAGUUCCGGGUACGGCGGUACAGCACGUACAGGGACACCAAACAGCACGCCCCAUACGGCAGCGCGGCGCGAGCGGUACAAGGGGAUGAAGAACAAGGAUGCAGUGACUGUAGGUGGUGGCAAGAAAAGCGGGGAGCAACAGUGCGAUCACCAUCACCGACGAGGAGGCGGUCAUCAGGCGGGAAAGGGCCCACUACGUAACGCAAACCGUGGCGGUAGCGGCACUGGGGAUGGUAGUCGCCCCUAUGGCCAACAACGAAAGGGGAAUUCCGGUAAGGGCGGUGGUGGACAGGGAUUGCUGCCACGAGACUCUAGCGGAAAGACUGGGAAGAGCCCUGAGAAAAGUAGUAGUGCCGGUGCUACGCGGAAUCCCCCUGUGAUUGAAGGAAGUAGUGCACACCACCAUCAGCACAAGAGCAGCGGCGCCGCUCCCCGACAGUCGCUGUCCAAAGUCGCGAGCUCGAGCGGAACCCAGUCGACAGCCGAUUCUGACGUCGCACCAUCGUCCGCCGUUAGGACCAGCUGACGAUGUAAACGUGCAGGAGCUUGGUUUCAAUUGUGUUGGGGAGCAACUUGAGUUUGCAUUUGAAUAGGGAUGUACAAUAGCAAUGAACCACAGGAGUGCGGGUAAACCUUUUGCAAAAUGAAGAUUCUGUCUUUAACUUUAACAUCUAUCUGUUUGGGUUGGACUUGAACUUGAAGAAGAUGAAGAACUACUUGUAAGUUCCACACUUGUCACCAGUAUCUCUCGUUGUUUGGUGUCACCGAACAUUCUUGUAGAUACUUUGUAUGCUGCUGCUGGCGCCAGGGACAGGGAGGAUAGAAAUGGCCGGCUUGCAGGACUUUUGUUUACAACUUUGCAACGUGUACUUGCCCCCCUGCUUCAGGGCAAUAUUUUGUGGUAUUUUGUACUUAAAUGUAUAUUUAAGAAAAUCGAGCAUCUUCGACAUUAGCUCGACAAAGCAAUCCCAACG